AUGGACGCCUCGUCCUACAUGCACGGCGGCGUGGGCGGGGAGGCCUUUGCGGAUAUCGUCCUCGACGACGAGAUGAUGGCGAUGUGGAAUAGUGCGCCGUCCGCGUUCGACACGCAUUCGUGGGAUGUGUAUCUGUCGACGAUGGCCUCGCAGCCGGGGUCGCACCAUGGGAUCUGA